CAGCAGACACACACCGUCUCUCUCAUUCCGUUUCUCGUCUCAGCACCAUGUUCCAGCUGCUGAAGAAGUGUCUGAUUCUCCUAUUUUUCUAUUUGUGCUGCGUUCCAGUGGGCUGUGAUGAUGUUCUCCAUGUGAAUGGAACAGAAGGCCAGAAUCUCACAGUUACAUUCAUGCUGAAGAGCACAAUUGAAACCACCAAGGAAGUGUACAUGUACCGAGACAACACAAAGAUUCACAAGCUCACCAUAACCAACAUGUCCUGCUUUCCAUCUGUAAACCACACACUGCCCACCAUCUGCAUCUCCCAUGUGUCCCAAAGAAACAUCAGUCUGAUGUUCACACAUCUCAUACACAGUGGAGUGUAUCACCUUGCUGUGUUAUCUCCAAACUUCACACUGGAAGAAAGUAACAAAGUGAGCUUGACUGUACACCCCGCUGAGUACACAACAACAUACACCACAGUUACAGCUGCCUUAUUCAAUAACACAUCCUUCCAACUGGACCAAUCAGGAAAAAAGUCCAGCAUUUUGAUGUUUGUUCCAGUGCUGGUUGUAGCCGUGAUGUUGGUGAUUGUUCUGCUCGGCUCAUUUUACUGGAGCUACAGGAGGAAAACAGACAAAACUCCUGCUGUGAACUCCACAUCUGCACCACAGAUUCCUGAUGUUAGCUGUGUUGAGUACUGUGUUCUGGACUUUCCAAACCGAGCUGGAGAGAAAGUGAGGAGCACAGAGGAGCGAGUGGAGUAUUCCCCCAUCGUGUUUCCCCCAAGAAAAACGUCAGCACAAGACAAUGAGAUAAAAUCAACGACACAACAAAAUAAGAUAAAAAUGACAACACUGCAGCAUGAGGAGAGAGAAACAGACAAAGUGUCUGAGAAACCAAAAACAUCAAAACCUAAACAUCAGAAAUGUCAAAAAAAAAAUCACACCUAAUCACAUCCUGUCACACUCAAAAGGCACAAGUGUGAUUCACACAAACAUAUUUUAGGCCACUGAAUACAUUGCAUGCAUUUUUUAAAAAUUAUUAUUAGUUUGCAGAUAACACAAAUUUUAUGCUAAGCAUGUAUCAGGACGCAUAUUGACGUUCACAUCAAAUUUUCUCUUCAGGUGCUCUGCAUUUAAUUAUUAAUUAUUAAUUAUUUUAAUUACUACACUUUAAGUAUUACAGUUUCCUUACAUAUCAGCCUGCAAGAGGAAACAAUAACUCCCGUAUUCCUGUAGUGGUGAUAAUGUGCCCUCAUCCACUUCCCCUCAUCCGCUUCUAUUCAAAAUCCACAAAACCAUGAUACAGCAGCUGAGAAAAUGAGUAGAGCGUAAGAGGGAACAUGUAGAGUAUAUGUUGUAAAUAAUAAAUACAAAAUUAAGUAUAUGUAGUUUUACUCUCAUUGGUUCCCUGACUUUUGAGUGGUUAAGGAAAGUGGACAAGGGCACGUUAUAAAUAGUAUUGAAACACAAGGAGAUGUUUGGUGUGAAAAUAAAAAGAUAAAGUAUGUGUUCUACUGGGAGAAACAUUGCUGUUUCAAUACAGCACACAACAAUACAGCAAAAGAGACAACUGUGUAUGUGUGUGUGUGUGUGUGUGUAGUGCAGUGCAGUGUACCAGUGUUACUUAGGUGACAACCACAUACACCAUGGUGUGAAAUCCCCAACACACACGCACACACACACACACACACACACACACACAUUGCUACUGUUUUACAAGGUGUCCGAAAAGUCAGCAACCAAAUAAUAUGUCAUACAAACAUGUUGAUCCACAAAAACAUGAUACAGUGGCUGAGAAAAUGAGUAGAGCGUAAGGGUGAACAUGUACAGUAUAUGUUAUAAAUAAUAAAUACAAAAUUAAGUAUAUGUAGUUUUACUAUCAUUGGUUCAUGACUUUUCCGACAUCCUGUAUUAUACAUAAAAAAGACAGAAUCUUAUUGCAAUGGUGAUAUAUCAGAGUGAUGAUAUACAACAAUAAUCUAAAAUCUUUAUAUCGUUGACAUAAAAUGAUGAUACAUGAGGGAUAUUAAUAUUCAGAUAUGUAUAUUGUUAGCAUUGUGAUACACUAGUAUAAUGACAUCACAGUAAAUAUAGAGUUAUGUAUCAGGGACAGAGUGUGAUGAUCUUUCAGGGUCGAGGUAAAUUAAACAUAUAUAAUAAUGAAAUCUUUCUCAAAAUAAACCUUUAUCUUUAUCUUCAUAUCAUUAUGUUGAGAAACCAUAUCAUUAUUAUGACCAAUAAACAGUUUUAUUUU